CUCACUUUUUUUUCAUUUGUCAAUAUCGGGUACCUUCUUCUUUCCCUCUUUCUCCAUUUUCACUUCUACCAACAUGUAAUUACGAUAAUGUCCAGACGGUCAUUCUCUUCCCUUUUGUUUGGAGUUCUGGCGCAUUCGGGGCGGCCGGUUUUAAGCUGUGCCUUUGACUUGUACUGGGGUGGUGGUGCUGAUUAUGGUUGGGUUCGGGCUGGUAUGGGUAUCUGGAUGGCCAGAGACGCUGACCGACGGGAGUUAUUGUACAUUCGGUUCCUCUUGUGGGUCGGUUGGGUUAUCUAGGCCGACGACAUGUCUCGACGAGGGCGGACGGAUGCUCUGUGGGAUAUGUUGGGCAUGGUGUAACUGGGUUUGGUUGCACUGGAUAUCAGGUUCUGUGGUCUUGGGCCGGUCUGGGUUGGUCAUGCACUCACGUCCGGCCUUUUGCUUUUCGCCAAUUCCUCUGGGACGCUCUCGGUUUGCUGUUGCGGACGCCGCAGCUUUUGAGUCCCAAUCCCUUCUUCGACAAACGUUUCGGCCUGUCCUGUCAGGGGCAACCUUGAACGUUAUACGCGCAACCACAAUGUAUGUCCACGAUCACAUCUCAUAUGUGGUUGUGAUCAUGGUUAAGCAUGUAUAACAACACAACACAUCACAACAUAUUAACAUAUAAAAAAAUCAAUAAAAAAUUAUUAGGCAGUAUGUUGCCUCUUUUCUUAGCCAUAUAUCUGUCCUAUCUA